AUGACUCAUUUACAUGCUGGUCUCAGCCCAGAGACGAUAGAGAAAGCCCGCCUUGAACUCAAUGAAAACCCAGAUGUUUUGCACCAGGACAUCCAGCAGGUCAGGGACAUGAUCAUCACAAGGCCUGACAUUGGGUUUUUACGUACAGAUGAUGCCUUCAUCCUGAGAUUUCUCCGAGCCAGAAAGUUUCACCAAGCAGAUGCCUUCAGAUUACUGGCUCAGUACUUCCAGUACCGUCAGCUGAACCUGGAUAUGUUCAAAAAUUUUAAGGCUGAUGAUCCUGGGAUCAAACGAGCUCUGACUGAUGGAUUCCCAGGAGUGCUGGAAAACCGUGAUCACUACGGCAGGAAGAUACUUUUGCUUUUUGCAGCCAACUGGGAUCAGAGUAGGAAUUCUUUCAUAGACAUUUUACGGGCUAUUCUGCUGUCCUUAGAAGUUCUCAUUGAAGACCAAGAGCUUCAGAUAAAUGGCUUCGUUCUAAUUAUAGACUGGAGUAAUUUCUCCUUCAAGCAAGCUUCCAAAUUAACACCUUCUAUCCUCAAACUGGCCAUUGAAGGGUUACAGGACAGCUUUCCUGCUCGCUUUGGAGGAGUCCAUUUUGUGAACCAGCCUUGGUACAUCCAUGCCCUGUACAUGCUCAUCAAGCCCUUCCUCAAAGACAAGACAAGGAAAAGGAUCUUUCUUCAUGGUAACAAUCUGAAUAGCCUUCACCAGCUUAUACACCCUGACUGCUUGCCCUCAGAGUUUGGAGGGACACUUCCUCCUUAUGACAUGGGCACUUGGGCUCGGACUUUACUUGGUCCAGACUACAAUGACGAAAACGAAUACACGCACACUUCCUACAACACCAUGCACGUGAAGCACUCGUCGUCCAACUUGGAGAGAGGAUGCUCACCCACACUCAUGAAAAGGUCUCAGUCUGUGGUGGAAUCUGGAACGUUGAAACACGAGGAUCAGCAUGAGAAUGAGAACACCCAGCCACUGCUGGCUCUGGACUGAGUUUGAAUUCACGGCAAAGCGCACAACUGCACCAUCAGACUUCAAUGGUACAAGAUACCCAUGAAGCAAAGGACA